GUCGCCUGGCAGGAGGGGGGUGGUACCACUGGGAUGCACCCCUGCCCACUCUCCCCAGCGCUGCGGAAUUGGGGGCGGGGCGGGCGGCUGGGGUCAGAUGUGGGGCGGGGAAGCACACGUGGAUGCACACACAUAGAGAUGCUCAGACAGACAGACAGACAUGGGUACACGUGUGGAGACUCAGGUCACGUCGGCAGCCACAUGCACACGCCAGCACGUGAGGUCACACAGGCACGGACACACCGGCGCAGGAGUGUGGGCACACACCUUUCCUCAGGUGCUCCUUCAGCUGGCUCAGCUCCCCCUGGGCCGCGAGCUGGUGGAUGGACAGGGCUGGGGGCCAGGGAGAGGCAGAGUCCUCACCUGUCCCAUCUGUGCUCCACGCCCCUGUUUACUCCCUGUCCAAAGUUGCUCCUCUCAGCCCCUGCCAGCCCGCUACUUCUUUCCCCCUUGGGGAUGGGGCUCCCACUCACAGUCCAAGGUGGCCGGCAGGGCUGACACCUCAUUCCCCCGCUGCCGGUUGGUGAGGGUCGUGGAGUGCUUUAGGGAGCUGCCUGCUGGGAGAGAGAAAGGGCCUCCGUUUCUCCUCAGCACGCCUUGGGCUUCAGGCCAGACGCUGGGGGCUUGGAACUACCAGAGACAGUGCCUGGCUCCACUACCCACUCACUCCACCCUCCCAGGUGCCCAGGGUGUGGAUUUCUCAUCCACCCCUGUGAGGUUCUGCACAAACGAGACAGUCCCUGCCCUCAAGGGGCCCAUGCACAAGCCGGGGAGUCAGACAGAAACAGAGAAAUAGAAUGAAAGCUUAAGUUGAAAUACGUGUUCAGGAGAAAUGAAAAGUAGCUGCAAAGGGGUGGAAAGAAGGGAGGGCAGGGGGUGAGUCCCUUUUAGAGAAAGUGGUCAGGGAGGAGGUGACACCAGUUGAGAGCUUGGCCAGUUGAAGAAACCUGGGGAGAGGUGUGGGAAGAGCAUUUCACACAGGGAAUGGCAGGGACAAAGGCCCCAGAGGGACUGAGUUUAACACGUUCAAGGAUUCCAGUCAAAAGAAACCCUUGGGUCCUCACUAAGUCAAAGAGAAUUAUCAUCUGACGCAGCAGUUCCAUUCCUAGAUAUCUACCCCAAAGAGGUGAAAUCGUGUUCGGACAAACACCUGUCCAUGCACGUUCACAGCAGCACUGUUCAGUCACUGAGAGGGAAACAACCCAAAUGUCCAUCAAUGCAUAAAUGAAUGAACUAAAUGUGGUCCAGCCCUACCAUGGAAUAUCUUUCAGCUAUAAAAGGGAUGAAGCACUGACACACCAUACAAUGUGGAUGAACCGUGAAAACAGCUUGCUGAGUUAAAGAAGCCAGAACGGGAAAGGCCACAUGUUAUGUGAACCCAUUUAUAUGAAAUGUCCAGAACAGGAAAAUCCAUAGAUACAGGAAGCUGAUUUUUGCUUGCCAGGGGCUGGAGGGGGGGAAUGGGGAAUGACUGCUAAUGGGCCUGGGGUUUCCUUUGGCAGUGAUGGAAAUGUUCUAGAACUACAAAGAGGUGGAAGUUAUAUACCGCUGUGAAUGUACUUACUGCCACUGAACUGUAAGCAAUUCUGGUUAAAAUGGUAACUUUUAUGUUAUGUGGGCUUUACCACAAUUUUAAAAAAAAGCACAGGGUGGAGAUGGAAGACACAUCCAAGGUGAAGGGACACAAAGACAGAAGUCCCAUCUUGGGCCUGACAUUCCACCAUUCUUGCAUCCCAGAAGCAGGAGUCCAGGUCACGGACAAGUUCACCGAGAGUGUCUACGUCCUGGCCAAUGAGCCGUCCGUGGCCCUGUACCGGCUGCAGGAGCAUGUGCGCCGCUCUCUGCCCGAGCUGGCCCAGCAUAAGGCUGACAUGCAGCGGUGGGAGGAGCAGAGCCAGGGAGCCAUCUACACAGUGGAGUACGCCUGCAGCGCCGUGAAGAACCUUGUCGACAGCAGCGUCUACUUCCGCAGCGUGGAGGGUCUCCUCAAACAAGCCAUCAGCAUCCGGGACCACAUGAAUGCCACAGCCCAGGGCCACAGCCCCGAGGAACCGCCCCCGCCCUCCUCAGCCUGAUCCUGGAAGAGACUUGGAGGUGCUCUGGCUCCUCUGACCCAGACCCUGCUCUGCUCCUCGCCAGAACUGCCACCCCACUCCCCGCUCUCAGAGUCUCCACUCUCACUCUUCCCCAGACUGCACCCCGCCGAGGGUUGUAGGUGAGCUUCACAGGGUCAAGUCUUGGCCUCUCCUGCUUCUCCAGGCCCAGAGUCCUACACAGCCUCAUUUUACAGAAGAGGAAACUGAGGCUCCGAGAGGCGAGGUAGGGUCACCACCUGUGACUGGAAAUGCCAGGAUUCACAUCCAGACCCUCUAACUCCUAGCGCAUCACCUCUUCCCUCAGCCCCGCCCAGGAUCCUGCCUCAGAUGCCACCUCAUCAGGGCUACCCUGCAGCCCUGGGGGGUCUCUCAGACCGCCUUAACCCUCAUCUCUUGCCUCCCAGCCCGACCAAAGCUGGGCCCUCAGACACAGCCUUGUGGGACUUGGCAGGGACGGAAGACCAAGCAAGUGUGGCCAGCGCGUUCCUCCUGCUCCAGCCUGGAGUCUCCGGGUCAGCCAUGAAUGUCCUGAGACAAGGCUUCACUGCCUCUGGAUUCUUACCCACCCCCCACUGGCCAUGGACAUGGCCAUGGCCCCUCAGACCUAUAACUGCCACCAUGACAGUCCUGAUCGUGCACCUGCUGUGUGCCCAGAUCCGUGCUGGGGGCUUCACAAGGGUCAUCUUUCAUCUUCAGAUGGCCCUGUGACACAGGCAGAUGUCACCCCAGAUACAGAUGGGAAAAGAGAGGCUCCAAGAGGUGGCAUGAUUUGUGUGAGAUCACACAGAGAAGAGUAGACUUCAGCCUAGUUUGGUCCCAGCCCUGCUUCUGACAUGCUGUGUGACAUGGGUCUGGCGCUGACCCUCUCUGGUCCUACCUUUCUCCAUCUCAACAAGGAAGGCUGGACUGGACCUUCUCUACAGGCUGAGGCAGACAUUUGUGUACCUGCCUGCCUGGACUGCCUUCUGCCUCAAGCAGAAAUGCCCACCCCAGGCUCACGCCGUAUGGAGAAGCCAUCCUAACUCCAGGGGUGGAUGUGGGACCCUGGCCUGGCUAAUCAGAAUCCCCCUAUCUCCCAGGUCAUAGUGAUUGGUUUGAGAUGGGCAUGUAAUCCAAUGAGAGGUCUUCCCUGAGGAUUUUGCUGGAAAAGUGCAAAAAGUACCAUCUUCCUUCUGGGGUUGGUGAUGAAAUGGGGUACCUGAGAACAAUGCCUGGGGGCCUGGAUCAAGCUGUACCUGACACUAGAAAAUCUCAAUUCUUCAGUUUCAUGAGUCCCUAAAAUUACUGUAUUUGCCAAAAUUUGCUUUGAGUCUGUUUCUGCUGACUUGAGACGAGCCCACACUGAUGUGAUCUCUGCGAUUUCCAAGCCUGGGAGAUCAUGGCCCGUGGUUGUACACCUCCAAGGUUAGCUGCGUGCCAACACAGUGCCCAGCAAAAUGUAUCAGGAAGAUCAGAAUGGAGUUGUUGAGGGUACAGCUCGGGUGGGUCCAGGACCACUGCUCUGGGAGGAUUCCCCCAGCUUGGCACAGAGAAGUGGUUGGGAGAGAGGGGUGGGCGAAGGCCAAGGGUACCUGUCUCCUAGAGGAGACACAGAGGAUCCUGGUGGGGUAUCAGGGCUGUAGAGGGGCCUGAGGACCUGGGAGGGGGUUCAGAGGUGCAGGAGGUAUUGAGAAAUAACUGCCUCCCACCACCAGGAAACAGGGUCAGCCCUCUCUCCUCUCCUAGGGUGUACUGGGGGCCUGUGUGCCACCAUUCUGCCUUCCCUCUGCCCCAGCUCAGUUUGAGUGGAGGGAGGAGCCUCAUGUUCACACUAUUUUAGGCCCUGCCUGGUGUGUAGCCCCCACAAACUCAUCUCCCACUCUUCACCCACUCUGCAGGCACCUCUCGUGCAUGCCUCCUUCCACCAUGCAGCCAUUUAUCCAGCAGACAUUGACUGCUGUCUCUGAGCCAGGCUCUGCCUGGCCAGUGGAUGCCCUGGUAAGUCAGAGAGACCAACCCUGGCCCCAGGUCUCAGACACACUGGACAGACAGGCAGCUAAGUGAGAUAACUGCAUGUAUCCCAGGGACAGCUUUGGACGGGUCAGGCGCUGUGAGCUAGUGGGGGGCAGUCAUGAGGUGCCCUAGACCUUUUGAGGGCUCCCUGUCACCCACAGCCCCUGAACACGACCUUAGCCAGCGACUAGUAGUCCUCUCAAAGAGGUCUGUGCCGGACUGUGGGUUGUCAGAUCCCCCGCCACCGCAAGUCCUAGGGCUCACGGAGGUGCUGGUUAAUUUGCGUUUUAUUUGCAUGGUCGGCUUGCCUUUCAGGCGUGGCGUACGUCGGUCCCCUGGCGGCCGCAAGGGGGCGCAAGAGGCAAAGCCUUGGCCGGGCACUCCGCCUCCAAGCGGUCAUUGUCCGCAGUCUUGGCUGAUCCUAGAGGGUGCAUCGUGACCCUCCGCCCUUUUUCACUUUAUACGUCCU